CAUCGAGCCCACCGUGUAGUAAACAAAAUUAAAUUUUCAUCCUCGGAAAGUUGAGCGAGUUUGUUUUUCGUUUUAGUUUUAAAAAAUGACCACCGUAAACGAUCCGGAACUGCACGCAAAAGUGAAGAAAACCACGGAGAAAAUUUCCGAGAACAUGCACAUCAUCGCCAAUGAACCAAGUCUGGCAUUCUACCGGAUACAGGAACACGUCCGCAAGGUGAUACCCUUGAUUGUGGAUCGCAGGGCGGAGGUCUACCAGCUACAGCAAGAUUUGCAAGGGAAAUGCUAUGACAUGGAAUAUGCUAUCCAAGCAGUCAAGGACAUCGAAGCGGCCGACGGAUCUCUGCGGAACGUUCAGGAGGCGCUGAAGAAUGCCAUAUUUCUCAAACAGCAACUGAAGUACUUGGAAUCACGGCGGCCCAAGAAGGACGCAAAUAGUUCCGUGUACAAACGACUGUCCGCUCACAUCACGCUGGAUUUGCCUGAUCUUCCGGAUAUUUCCGGUGUAGUGCGGGAAACGACUAACCGCGUGGAGCACAUGAUGUCCCAGGCGAGGAGUUCCUCGUCAGCGAAUGGAGUGGGUCCGGCGGAGCUGCAGCGAUCCUACACGACACUACAUUAGAAGGGGGAUUUUGGGUAGA